AUGAGGACUCCUCGAUUCUGUGACAAGACCAAGGUGAGGAAGGGUACAUGGACACCUGAGGAAGACAAAAGACUGUCGGCUUUUGUUACCUCGAACGGUUGUUGGAAUUGGCGCCAACUUCCAAAACAUGCUGGGCUAUUAAGGUGUGGGAAGAGCUGUAGAUUGAGAUGGAUGAAUUAUUUAAGGCCAAACAUCAGAAGAGGAAACUAUACCAAAGAGGAAGAUGAAACCAUAAUUACCUUACACAAAUCGAUGGGGAAUAGAUGGUCUGCAAUUGCUGCUCAAUUACGUGGAAGAACCGACAACGAUAUCAAAAACUACUGGCACAGCCACCUCAAGAAACUUGUGGAAGACGAGACUAUUACACUUGCUCAUGCGACGAUUCAGAACUCGAAUCAUGAUGAGCUUUCAAAUAUCGAAACAAAGCAAGAAGAAAUAUCACACCAAGUUAAUAAUGACCUAGUUAAACUCGAGACUGAUCAAAUAAUCGUUGAAAACUCAUCAGUGAUCCAGUUGCCAAGUUACGAGGUUUCUUCUAUGGCGGAUGCAAAUGUUGGAGUUGAAGUUCCUACCAGUGUCGAUCACCUUCUUUUACACCAAGAAGAAGACCGCAUUGUUCAUGAUCUGCAGGUUCUAGAGAUGGAACCUAUGUCCACGCCUGAAAACUCGAAUAAUUACUUGGCAGCAUAUUUGCUUGAUCCGUCAAAUGUGCCUCAAUCCCCUUACUUUGAUGUUGAGCUCUUGUGCCCUUAUAAUUCUAACCGGCAAGAGCAAGAUGAUGAUGAACUUGACUUCAAAAACUUGUCUUUGUGGUGAAACAAGGCAUAAUUACAUUGCUUUUUCAGCAAAUUGCGAGGAUUUUGCAGGUUUCUUUUCUCUGGAUUUCUAUCUUCUCCAUCUGUCGCG